UCCACCGCACCGCCUCUGCUGCCAGAAGCUCGCCUUCAUCUUCACGAGUGUUGAUCCUCAACUGGAGUCCAGAAGAAACAUCAGGCGACCAUGAAGACGACCGCCGCCCUCCUGCUGUGCCUGCUGGCAGCGACUCUGUUCACCACUGUCCUCUGCACCGCUGGAACCGGUCCUGAUAACUGCUGCUUCAUUCACCGCUCCAGACGGAUUUCCAAGAAGUACAUCGCUUCGUAUUUCAUGACAGACAGUCGCUGCCCGAAGACUUCCGCCAUUUUCAUAACAAAAGAAAAGUCGAAGGAAGUCUGUGUGGAUCCCAGUGAGAAAUGGGUCCAGAACAUCAUGAACGCUUUGGACAAGGACUCUUUUUAGACCUUGAGACCCGUCUCCUACCUGGUCCGAUGUGCUGUCUUGCUUUUAGAGGUCACAGUAAAACUCUUCAGAUGAUUUCAGUCCUUAUAUAAAUGUGCAAUUCUGCUUUUGGUGUAAUCCGGGAUUUUAUUUUGAAGUUAAAAAAAAAAAAAUAAAUAAAGUUAAUGUGUUUGUAUUGAGUGUUGUGAAACCUUUUGCAUUAUUAUGCUACAGAAUAAACAUGUUUUAAAGGCA